CCGACAACAUUUCCGAAUCUCUGUACAUCCCGCGCAACACUCAAUCCUGCGGCGCGAAGAGCGCAGGCCGAAUCAUGACGCAGACACAGACCGUCGAGCCUGCGGACUCGAUCUCCAGCCAGGACCCUCACGCGGAAGAGAAGAAGAAGACGAAGAGCAGAAGGCCCGCAAAUACUGCCUUUCGGCAGCAGCGGUUAAAGGCAUGGCAGCCGAUCCUCACCCCUAAGACGGUGCUCCCACUCUUCUUCAUCGUUGGCAUAAUAUUUGCGCCCAUAGGCGGCUUGUUGCUCUAUGCAAGCUCACAAGUGCAAGAGAUGUCCAUUGACUACACCGAGUGCAGCCAGCGCGCCCCCCUUACCCACCCGAAUCCGACCGAUCCUUCCUCUGUCCGCGAGGAUAUAGACCCCAAAUUCGUGUCGAGCACAUUCAAGAACAAACCCGCUACGUCGCCCCAAUGGGGUAGAGCAAAAGACAACUAUACAUGGCCGAGGACAGGUGUUACCGAGCCGGAUGUCGACGUGUGCAUCCUGAGCUUCGAGAUCCCAGACCAUCUGGAACCCCCCGUCCUGUUCUAUUACCGCUUGACCAACUUCUACCAAAACCACCGUCGAUACGUGAAGUCGCUCGACAUCGAUCAGCUCAAGGGCAAGGCGCGCGAUGCGGCGGCCAUAAAGGGUGGCGAUUGCGAUCCGCUCCGCGUCGGCCCCGGCGACAAGCCCUAUUAUCCAUGCGGACUCAUCGCCAAUUCCAUGUUCAACGACACAUUCGACAACCUGACGUUCGCCAAUCCGCAGGGCAACCAGGGCGACGCGCCCACCUUCUACAACAUGACGGAGCGAGGCAUCAUCUGGAGCACGGAGAAGGAGCUCUAUGGGAAAUCGGCCUACAAGCCCGAUGAAGUGCUCCCGCCGCCGAACUGGGCCAAGCAGUAUCCCGAGGACGGGUACGCCACCGUCGGGCUCCCGGACCUGCACACCUGGGAGGCUUUCCAGGUCUGGAUGCGGACUGCGGGCCUUCCUACAUUCAGCAAACUGGCAAUGAGGAAUGAUAAGGAUGUUUUGAAGAGUGGGACAUAUCGUCUCAAGAUCUACGAUAGGUUCCCCGCCGAGCAGUACGGAGGCAGAAAGGCGAUCCUCAUCUCCACCCGGACGGUCAUGGGCGGCAGGAACCCGUUCCUCGGCAUCGCGUACAUUGUCGUUGGGGGGCUCUGCAUCCUGCUAGGCGUGCUGUUCACGGGUGCGCACUUGGUUAAGCCGAGGAAAUUGGGAGAUCAUACAUACCUCUCGUGGAACAAUGAUCAGCCCAGCACGGCGACGGCUACGGGACGCGCGCCGAGGCCGGGGGAUACGGCGUGAGCCUUUUCAGACCAUUGAUGAAUGUCUUAGAUGGAGCUGGGAGUUUUAUUUUUUGGCUUGUUAUAUAUUUCUUUGCCUGUCUGGGUGGAGUUUUUUUAAGGGUGUAAGAUUGGUCCCUGAGGGGUCUCUGGAGUUUAGGAGUUUUCGCUUCACACACAUAUCGUCAAUUUGAUUCUCUCUGCAUUUUAUGUGAAGUAGAUUGUGCUCUGCCUUGGU